AUAAAUUGUUUUAUUCCUUAUGUAAGACUCGAAAAUCUUUGGGGAGUCCGCUCUCACGUGGAACAUAUCGCCAUUGAAGCUCAGAGCCGUGUGUUAAUAAUUCAAAUCAGUUUAUCAAAGUGCAAAUGCACUGAUCCAUCCAUACACGGUACUUUUGGUUAGCUGUGAGAACCCAAAAGAAAAAUAUGGCGCAGGCAGCCAUCAGUCGAUCUGUGUUAUGGUCCGGCACACAGGCUUUUGGUGGAAAUCACAGGAAUACAGUGAAGGAACAGUUGGGUUCAUCUAGAUCACUGGAUAUUAAGGUUGGGGUCUUUGAGCAGAGAAAAUUAGAGAGCAAAAGGCUCCAGGGAAGGCCUGUAAUUAAGGCCGCCAGCUUGAGGACCAAGAGAGAGGCCAGGCCUGAGCCGGAAAUCAUUCCUGUGUCCCCUGAAGACCUUCUCGAACGUGUAUUGCAAUUCAUUUACACUGCUUCAGAGAAACUAUUAGCUGUCUUUUUCUUCACCAAGUUUUUUAAAUUGAAAAAGGGGAAAGAAGAAAUUCCACUUGGGGAAAGUGUACAUGUAGAAGACAAGUCAGAUGGCAUAUGGAUAAAACCAGGUCAACAGCGGAAGACCAAAAUUGUAUGCACUAUUGGUCCCUCUACAAGCACACCUGAAAUGAUACGUAAACUAGCUGAGGCAGGGAUGAAUGUUGCUCGUAUGAAUAUGUCUCAUGGAGACCAUGCAUCUCACAAGAGAGUCAUUGAUCUUGUUAAAGAAUACAAUGCACAAAAUCCAGACAAUGUCAUUGCCAUAAUGUUGGAUACGAAGGGACCUGAAGUCAGGAGUGGAGAUCUACCACAGCCUAUCAUGCUCACAAAGGGCCAAGAGUUCACCUUCACCAUCAAAAGAGGAGUGGGCUCUGAUGACUGUGUAAGCGUGAAUUAUGACGAUUUUGUGAGUGAUGUGGAGAAAGGAGACACACUUCUUGUUGAUGGGGGAAUGAUGUCACUGCUGGUGAAGUCAAAAACAUCAGAUUCGGUAAUCUGUGAAGUCAUCGAUGGAGGAGAGCUUAAAUCACGGCGACACUUAAAUGUGCGUGGAAAAAGUGCUACCCUACCUUCUAUUACAGAUAAAGAUUGGGACGAUAUUAAAUUUGGAGUUGAAAAUGGCAUAGAUUAUUAUGCUGUUUCCUUCGUUAAAGAUGCUAAGGUGGUGCACGAGUUGAAAGAUUACCUCAAAAGUUGUGGUGCGGACAUCCAUGUGACCGUGAAGAUUGAAAGUGCUGAUUCAAUACCAAAUCUUCAUUCAAUUCUUUCUGCAUCAGAUGGGGCUAUGGUAGCUCGAGGGGAUCUUGGAGCAGAGCUUCCUAUUGAGGAAGUUCCUUUACUCCAGGAAGAAAUAAUUAACAUAUGUCGCAGCAUGGGUAAGCCAGUUAUAGUAGCAACAAACAUGUUGGAAAGUAUGAUAAUCCACCCAACACCAACUCGAGCAGAGGUUUCAGACAUUGCUAUUGCUGUACGAGAAGGUGCAGACGCUAUCAUGCUCUCAGGAGAAACAGCACAUGGAAAAUAUCCUUUGAAAGCUGUGAAUGUCAUGCACACUGUUGCAUUACACACUGAAGCAACCAUGUUGAAAGAAGCACCUCCUAGUAACCUUGGUCGUGCUUUCAAGAGACAUAUGAGUGAGAUGUUUGCUUUCCAUGCAACGAUGAUGUCAAACACACUUGGAACGUCAAUUGUGGUGUUUACCAGAACUGGGUUUAUGGCUACUUUACUAAGCCAUUAUCGGCCUUCCGGCACAGUAUUUGCCUUUACAAAUCAAGAAAGGGUUAAACAGAGGCUUGCCCUUUAUUGGGGAAUAAAACCAAUAUACAUGCCAUUCUCUGAUGAUGCUGAAGAGACCUUUUCCAAGGCUUUGUCAAUAUUGCAGGAAAUGGGCAUGGUGAAAGAUGGUGAGGAAGUUGCUCUUGUGCAGAGUGGAAGGCAACCUAUUUGGCGUUCUGAAUCCACCCAUCAUAUUCAAGUUCGCAAAGUUCAGGCUCAAGUAAAUUCAAAAUAAAUUGUUUUCAUCAUUUAGAAGACCUUAUCCUGUGCAAUCGAUUUCUGUAUUGCAAUGGAUCUUCUAUUGGCAGCGGAAUUGUUUAUUUAAAUCAUACCACGAGCGAUCUAUUAUUGACAGCUUGUCACAAUUGUUUGUAUUUUUAGGAUAUCAAUAAUUUUGCAGGCUAGGUUUGAGGAACAGAUCUUGAGCUUUUUGACAAACAAUUUGUCAAGAUCUUUUUCUUUAUUUAUAGCUUUUUCUGAGGGAAGCCAUUGGAGUUGAUACUUCAUGUUCUGCAAUAUCAUAUUGUCACCGGUUUGAAUAGCACAUAAUCUUAAUAUGAGCAUGAAUCAUUAAAUAAUUCAAA